AUGUUACCAAAUUCGAAUGAUGAUAUUUCAUAUCAUACGAAUCUUCCAACACGUUUCAUUCAUGGUAUCAGCUAUGUCGAUUUUAAUCAAGAUGAUGAAAAUCAUGUUGAUGGUUACAAGAAAAAUGAAUAUCCUUUAGCAAAUACCAUUUCUAUUCAACGAUCUAAUCAACAACAAACAAUUCAUACAGUUAGACAUUCAAAUUCAUCGUUAGGCGCUACCUCUGUUCCUCUAUUAAGAGAUACAACAACAAUAUUUGAUAGUGAAAGAAAACGAGCAAAACCUGUAGUAAUACCAAUUGAAGAAGAUGAUGAUGGUGAUGAUGAUGAUGUAAAACAAUCUACUACUGAAUCAACUCCACCAACACAAAUAUCAAAAUCAACUACUACAAGUGAUACUACUCAACAUAUAAGUCCUAUAGAAAUGUCUCUUAUUGACAAUAAAAAUAACAAUAAUCAUAAUAAUCAUAAUAACAAUAAUAAUAAUAAUCAUAAUAAUCAUAAUAACCAUAAUCAUAAUAACAAUAAUAAUAAUAAUUCUGAAACUAUUAUCAAUGGGAAUAAUAAUUAUGAAAAUAAUAAAAAUCAUAUUCAACGUAAACGAAGUAUAUCACCACUAAAACAUUUACCAAAUAGUAGUGUAAAACGAAGUAAUUCCGAUGCACAUCUAUUAACAUUAGAUAUGAAUAAUGAAGAAAAAUCACCACAUAUAAUAAAAAGUAUAACAACAACAAAAAUAAAUCAAACAAAAUUAGUACCAAAAACUAAAUAUACAAAUGCACCUUCAUCUUCAACAGUAUUCAUUACAAAAACUGGACAAUCACCAUCACUUAAACAUAGUUCAUCAUUAAAUACACCUCGAACACUUGCUGUUAUGCCAUCAGUAAAUGCUCAUGCACUUCAAGGUGUUUUAGUUCGAUUUUUUCGUAAUGGUGAUGAAUAUCAUCAUGGUGUUAAAUUAGCUAUUAAUGAAUAUGAUCUUAAAUCUUGGGAAGCAUUUCUUAAUUAUCUUGAUCGUCAAUCAAGACUUCGUUUACCGACUGGUGCUAUAAAACAUGUUUAUUCAUUAACUGGUCAAGAAAUUCGUUCUAUUAAUCAAUUUCAGAAUCGUCAAUCAUAUGUUGUUGCAUCCGGAGCAUUCAUUCGAACAAAUUAUCGUUAUAUGCAUACUUUAUUUACCGAUGAAAUAGAUCCAAGUCUAAAUAUAAAUACACAACAAGAUACAAUUCCUUAUUGGAAUACACGAUUAUCUGUUCAUCCACGUUGGCAUUCACCACCUCCUAAUAAUGAACAAAUUUUUUUAUUACCUUAUUCACAAUUAAAUAUGUAUGAAAGUGUGAUUUUUAAUCGAAAUGUAACACAAACAUUUGAGCAAUGGUUACAAGAUCAAGUAACAGAUUUACUUUCUCAUUAUACAAAUCAUGAAAAUAUAAGACAUUUAUUUGGUAUGACAAAAGAUAGUUUUGUAGAAAUAAAAAGUUUUUCAAAAUUAUUCAAUAUAAUUAAAAUAAGCGAUACAUUUAUUGGAUGUACAGAAAAUGAAUAUGUACAUGCAAAACAUUAUUUAGGAACAAUGACACCACAUGAAUUAUUUACGGAUCGUCAAUGGCCACGACGAUCGAUUAAUAGAACUAAUUACAAACGUCCUUCGAAACCAAUUGUUGAAAAUUCAAAAUUAUCAUUAAGUUGGAUUCAUGGUUAUCUUGGUGAAAAUGAAUUAACAAAAAGACUUUAUACUCUUCCAGAAAAUGAAAUACUUUAUGUUAUUGGUUCAAUUUGUAUUUUAUAUGAAUCAAAAUUAAAACAACAACGCUUCUAUACAAAACAUAAUAAUUUGAUCACUUGUGUUCAUAUUCAUCAAUAUCAAUCAUUAGUUGCAUCAAGUGAAAUACCUUCAUCAAAAAUUAAUCAACGAGCUUUAAUACAUAUUUGGGAUCAUGUAAAACUUCGAACAAUAACUGAAAUACGUAAAGAUCAAUUUGGUUCUUAUAUAAGUUUAUUAUUAUUUUCACCCAAAACAGAUGAUGAUUUAAUUCUUAUUAUUUCACGUGAUAAACCUAAAAUUGUUUUAUUUGUUGAUUGGAAACGAAAUGAAUUAAUUUAUAGUAUAACAUGUAAAUCUGAUAACAUUCUUUCAGUAUUAUUUGUAUUCAAUACAACUGAAUGGAUAGCAUGUGUCACUCGACAAAAUUUACUUUUUUAUCAUAUUAAUUGGAAUUUAAGACCAUUACAUAUGUUAGAACGACGAGAAUCAGAAGUUCAAAAUAUUUAUACUGGAGCAGCAGCAUGUGAUACUAUUGGCGAACGAUUACUAAUUGGUGAUAAAGUUGGUAGUAUUCAUAUUUGGUGUUUAAUUAAUAAUGAACCAAAAUUAGUUGCUGUUCAAGAAUGUAUUUUAGAAAAUGAUGUUGAAACAAUUGUACCAAUGGGUCAAGACGUAUUUCUUUUUGCUAAUGGACAAUAUCAAAUCAAAAUUUGGAAUAUGAGUUCAAAUACAGUUGAACACAUACGAUUAAAUGAAACAAUUGGUUCAAUUCAAUCAAUUUGUUGUAUCCGACAAGGUUCAGUUUCUGUUGCGUUAGCUAUUGGAACAAAAUCAAAUUAUAUUAUAUCGAAAGAAAUUGGAAAAGAACAAUUUGAUAUUAUUAUGCGAGGACAUACAAGUCCAUUGAUUUGUAUAUGUUGUCAGAAACAAAGUCGUUCUUAUUUUUCUAUAAGUUCUGAUCGAUAUUUAUUUAAAUGGAAUCAUAGAACAAAAGUUGUUGAAUGGUCAACAAAAACUAAACAACCUGUGUCUUGUGCUGAUUUACAUCCUGAACGAAAUAUAAUUGUUCUUGGAACUGAAACAAGUAAAUUACUUAUUUAUGAUACUUUAACAUCCUAUUAUAUAACAACAAUAACAUUAAAAGUUAAUACAAGUGUUAAAUCAGUUCGAUUUUCUCCUGAUGGUUCAAAUUUAGCUGUUGGAUUACAUAAUGGAAAUGCUUUUAUUUUUAAUGUAUUAGGUAAUGGAGAUUUUUCUCUUCAUACUAAUGGAAUACUUCAUAAUGAUAAAUCACAUGUAAGUGAUGUUAUAUGGUCAAUAGAUUCAAAAUAUCUUCUUGUUAUUUAUACGGAUAAUGAUUAUAAUAUUUGGUCAAUACCAACAUUUGAGAUUAUAGUAGGAAUAAAUAUUCAAAAUAUUAAAUGGCAUGAAGGUUUACAUCCAAUUGUGUGUAACACAUUAGAUAAAUCCGCUAUUGAUUUACAUGCAUCAGCAAUUACUCUUAGUCAAAAUCGUGUUCUAUCUUGUGGUAAAGAUGGUCAACUUCGUUUACUUCGAAAUCAUUAUGAACGUAAUUCUCAAAUGUUUAAACUUGGUCUUGGUCCAAUUCAAAGUAUUAUACCAUCAACAAUGAAUAAUACAUUUCUUUUAUCAAUGCGUGAUUAUCCUAUAAUUGUAGAAAUUCAAAUUAAUAUUAAUGCUCGUCUGUCAUAG